AUGGCGGCGGCGGCGGCGAUCUGCGGGGAGGACGAGCCGGCGCCGCGCGAUCCGGAGAGCGCGGCGGCGGCGGGCGGCGGGGUCGAGCGGCUGGAUCUCGGGGACGGCCGGGCGGCGCUCGUGGCGGGGGGCAAGAGGAGCGUCUACCUCAUGGACUGCGAGCCGGUGUGGGGCUGCGUCGCCACGCCGGGGCGCGGCGGGGAGAUGGAGGACGCCUGCGCCGCCGUGCCCCGCUUCGCCGACGUGCCCGUGCGCCUGCUCGCCCGGCGCCGCGACCUCGAAGGGCUCGGGCUCGACGCCGACGCGCUCCGCCUGCCCUCCCACCUCUUCGCCGUCUUCGACGGCCACGGCGGCUCCGAGGUGUCCAACUACUGCCGGGAGAGGCUCCACGUCGUGCUGAGCAAGGAGCUGAGGAAGCCCCCCAGCGAUCUGGGGGAGAUGAGCGAUGUGGACAUGAAGGAGCACUGGGACGACCUCUUCACCAGGUGUUUCCAGACAGUGGACGACGAGGUGUCAGGGCUUGCAAGCAGGCUCGUCGACGGAGAGCCCCGGUCAGACCCGAUCGCCGCGGAGAACGUAGGCUCCACGGCGGUUGCAGUGGUAGUGUGCUCCUCUCAUGUAGUGGUCGCCAAUUGCGGCGAUUCUCGCAUCGUGCUCUCGCGCGGGAAGGAGCCUGUUGCUCUCUCAAUUGAUCAGAAGCCUGACAGGAAGGAUGAGCGCGCCAGGAUUGAGGCUGCGGGAGGCAAGGUCAUCCAAUGGAAUGGACACCGAGUGUCCGGCAUACUUGCUAUGUCACGAUCCAUUGGUGACCGAUACUUGAAGCCAUACAUCAUCUCAAAACCAGAAGUUACGGUUGUUCCUCGGGCUAAAGAUGACGACUGCCUCAUUCUGGCCAGCGACGGGCUCUGGGACGUCGUGUCGAACGAAGAGGCGUGCAAGGUCGCACGCCGGCAAAUCCAACAGUGGCACAAGAACAACAGCGUCACAACAUCGUCGUCAGAUGGAGGUGAUGGAUCCACCGACCCUGCCGCGCAGGCAGCUGCAGACUAUCUGACGAGGCUUGCAUUGAAGAAAGGAAGCCAGGACAAUAUCACUGUAAUCGUGGUCGACUUGAAACCCCGGAGGAAACCCAAGAAUAAUUCCUAA